AUGUGGAAGGGCCUGAAUGUCAACUGCACAGACUCCUCAGGCUACACUCCCCUGCAUCACGCCUCGCUCAAUGGACACAGGGAGGUGGUGCUGAGGCUGCUGCAGUUUGAGGCCUCCACAAACCUGGCCGACAGUAAGGGUUGUUUCCCCUUGCACCUCGCCGCCUGGAGAGGGGACGUGGACAUUGUGCGCAUCCUUAUCCACCACGGCCCGUCCCACUGCAGAGUCAACCAACAGAACCAUGAGCGGGAGACUGCGCUCCACUGUGCAGCCCAGUACGGACACUCAGAGGUGGUGUCAGUGCUGCUUCAGGAGCUCACGGACCCCACCAUGAGGAACAGUCGACAGGAGACCCCCCUGGACCUGGCGGCGCUCUAUGGGAGACUACAGGUGGUGCGGAUGCUGGUGAACGCCCAUCCCAACCUGAUGAGCAACCACACGCGCCGCCACACCCCCCUGCACUUGGCGGCUCGUAAUGGACACUACAGCACGGUGCAGACGCUGCUCGACGCUGGCAUGGACGUCAACUGCGCGACAGAGAACGGGAGUGCCCUCCACGAGGCGGCUCUCUUUGGGAAGAUGGAUGUAGUUCGGCUUCUGCUUGACUCAGGCAUAGACACCUAUUUGAGAGACUGUCGUGGGAGGACCGCUCUCGAGCUGCUCCGAGACCAGCCAGCCGCUAAGUCCCAACAGAUCACUGCUCUAAUACAAGAUUACAUGAUGGAGGAGGAGAUGGAUAGACGAAUCAUAUUGGAGGAACCGGUUCGCAAGUGCCCCAUUCCUGCACCUCGCAACUCCAUCCCGUCCCCCACGGCCUCACCUUCGCUCCGACACAAGAAUGAAGCUGUGACGAGCGAGCUGUCCAAACUGCUUCAUGACAUUAAGAAAUGCAGAGACUACUCGUUUGAGGAGCUAUGCCAAACGGUCUCCUCUCACUCCAUGGACAGUUUUGGCAGUGGGAAGUUCUCAGAUGAGGAGCGCCUGGACCGACCCAACGGCACCCUGACCCGUAUGAACCAGCGACCAACUCCACCUCUGGCUCCAGCUCUGGAGGAGGAUGACGUGGACAGAAUCUGUGGACCAACAGGAUUCUGGGAAGCUCUGACUCCCUGCAACGGCUGUCAGCACCUGGGCUUUUCUGCACAGGAUUCGCAGUGCUCUGCUGAGUUUGCCACCUCUCCCUCUCUGGACGUGUUUCUGCCAGAGGACGAGGAAAAUCCUUAUGAGUCUGUGACAACUGCAGUCACGCAGAAACCUUCCUCACUGGACAUCAAUCACAGAGUGAACAACGGCCCACGCAAUGGUCACCUGUCCCAUCUUACCGUGAGCGAGGAGGGGCACAGUAACUAUGGAAACUGCUCUACGGGCCCCACUCCUGACUGCUCGCCCCCCUCUCCGGACACGGCCUUGAAGAACAUCGAGAGAGUGAUCCGCCCACAGCCUAAACAGCGCACGUCUCUGUCCUCCUCCUUGGAUGUUCAGAGGCCGGUGAACCACAGCUGUGAACCCAGUGAGGUGAGCUCUUCUCUGGGCUACGCAAGCUUCAGCACCAGCCCCCCCGGCAGCCCACCCCUCAGCCCAAACCAGGAAGACUCAGCUGGCUCCGAUGACUGUCACUACAUAGACGACGGUGCUUUCCAGCGGGACCCCUCUGCCCCUCCUCCAGCAGCGCUACUGGAGGACCGCCGGAAGAGCCACAUCCCAGAAGAGUUUGCUGGACUUCUUCAUGGAUCCUCUCCAGCUUGUGAGACCCCGGACACGCCUUAUCACCUGUACAACCACAAACCUCAAAAGUACGCCUCCAAGGAAGUCCAGAGCGCCUUCCUUCAGACGCCUGAAUUCAGCAUAGUCAUUGGAGGUGGGCCUACGCAGAUCCUCUCAAGGACAGACUCUGAGUCGUCCCAACAAAAGGGGGCUGCUGAGGCUAAGAAACCCCAGGUGGUGUACAGGACUAUCUUCAACACACAGGUCAAUCAGGAACAGGCUCGACCCAAAAACACUGAGCGCACAGACUCUACUCGGGGGUGGGCUACUCUGGACCGCCCUCCCUCGUAUUCGUCCAAUCAGAACAAAGAGUUGGCUGAGACACUGGCGAAGGACCCCUCCUCUGGGACGUGCACUCUGGGGAGGAUGCGGUCCAUACCUCGUAGUGUGCUCGACCUGCAAUUGUCCAAAUCACUGUCUAAAUCUGACUCCAAUCUAGUCGGGGUGUCUCCGAUACAGGAAGAGCACAGUUGGGGGUCUGGCACUCGGGCACAGAGCACGGAGAGCCCCAGCCCAGGAGACACCAUCACUCCAGUGGGGAGACUGGAGAGGACGCCCUCCUUCACAGCCGAAUGGGAAGAGAUUGACAAAAUUAUGAGCUCUAUUGGAGCUGGGAUUGGCAGCAGGCUGGAUAUUAAGGAAGAUGCUUCAGGUCCCCGGUGCCCGCUCCAGUCCGUGGGGCAGUGGUUGGACUCGAUUGGUCUGGUCCAGUAUGAGAACCACCUGCUGGCCAAUGGCUUUGACAAUGUGCAAUUUUUGGGCAGUAAUGUAGUGGAGGACCAGGACCUGCUGGAGAUUGGGAUUCUUAACUCUGCCCACAGACAACGGCUCCUCCAGGCCAUACGGCUUCUACCAAGGGUGAGGCCUGUAGGUUACGACGGGAACAACCCCACCUCCGUGGCAGAGUGGCUGGAGUCUCUGGAGCUCGGGGACUACACAAAGUCUUUCCUUGUAAAUGGCUACACUUCCAUGGAGCUGGUCAAGAAAAUCUGGGAGAUAGAGCUCAUUAAUGUAUUAAAGAUCAGCUUGAUUGGACAUCGAAAGCGUAUUCUGGCCUCGUUGGGAGAUCGGUUACACGACGACACGCCACAAAAGCCUCCAAGGGCCAUCUCCCUAAGAGAGCCCGUAGGGAACCACACUCCUCCACAGCUGAGCCCGUCGGUGGGACAGGUCGCAUACACCGCGGGGGUCCCAGGCGGAUCUCUGGACGUGCAGCACCUCAUCAUGCAAGCCGAUGCUCGCCGCCGGCAGCGCAGCAAUGACAACUACUUCGAAGACGUGCCGCGAUCCAAGCUGGAGCGGCAGAUGGCACAAGUCAGCAUGGCUGGGGAAUGGUGUGAGCCAAUCACGUUGCGUCCACCAAAUGAGGCCACGUCAUCCACUCCGGUGCAGUACUGGCAACAUCACCCAGAGAAACUCAUCUUCCAGUCCUGUGACUAUGAGGCCUAUUACCUGGGAUCCAUGUUGGUAAAAGAGCUGAGAGGAACGGAGUCAACGCAAGACGCCUGCGCCAAAAUGAGGAAGUCGACGGAACAGAUGAAGAAAGUCCCCACCAUCAUUCUCUCCGUGUCCUACAAAGGAGUGAAGUUCAUUGACGCCACAAAUAAGAACAUUAUCGCAGAGCACGAGAUCCGCAACAUCUCCUGCGCCGCUCAGGAUCCAGACGAUUUGUCCACGUUUGCCUAUAUCACCAAAGACCUCAAGUCCAGCCACCACUACUGCCACGUGUUCACUGCUUUUGAUGUGAACUUGGCGUAUGAGAUUAUCCUGACGCUGGGCCAGGCGUUCGAGGUGGCCUACCAGCUGGCUCUUCAGGCCAGGAAGACGGGCCACGGAUCGUCCACGCUGCCCGAGAGCUUCGACAGCAAGCCCAACAAACCCGUCCCCAAACCUCGCGUCAACAUCCGCAAAUCCAUGGAGCAGCCCUCCAUGGACCAGAAGGGCCAUGCCAACGUGCCGUGGAUAGUGGAGCCGGGUCAGGAGGCCAAGAGAGGAGUCAACACCAAAGGUGGCCCUGUACAGGGCCUGCCCUGGAGCGUGGCCCGCGCGACGCCUGCGCGUCACCACCGGCCAAACUAG